AGUGAUCUUGAAGUCCAGUGUAGACGGACGUUUAAACGUUCAACCUUCCUGCCUCGAACAUGCCGUGAGGGUUGAAAGUUAGAUCAGUGUAUUUCUUAGUCUUUGCUUCUGGUUCACGUGAAGAUUCUUGCUUACCUUUCUCCUCAGGAUUCAUAAGGUAUACGUCUACACCCCGAAGUUGAAGCAGAAACCUCAUAUUAACCCACCACUACUGCGAAGACUGGAGAACCCAUCCAAAAAUCUUCAAGCACGAGGUUGAAUAACCAGAGCCUCGCAAUAUCUAGGCGUGUUAUUAAAUUAACGUCCUCGAGACUCGGACAUUUUGGUCCGGCGGCAACCACGUCUUCAAGUUUCCUCAGACUCUGGAAGUGACAGUGCAAAAUUGCUGGGCGAUAUUCAGGGACCCCUGUCUGACUGACGCUCUUGUUUUUGCCUGUGGCAAUAUGACUAAUGGAAAGAGGCGAAGUCUUCAUUCGAUGGCAUACAAUCUCGUGGAUUACUUUCGCCGUAGUCGAGAAUUGUAUCCUGAGUUCUCAAUUAUGAAAGGUAGGUAACAAAACAGGGCUUUUCCAGCUCGUAUUCACCCGUUCUAGACCAGCUAAAUGUUCUUCGACGUUGGCUCCACCACUUAUUGACGAUACACAUCCGCACGGCUCAGGGUUACUCCACGACCUGAGCCACCGUUCCAUGGGGCCACCCGUCACGGUGAUGCUGCCCUGAUCAUGAACAACUUAAAGCGGGGAUCCUCGGGGUCAUCCCUGUUCCCCGUUCCUCUCGCUGUAUUUCGAUCAAAGGAGCCGGCGGAUGCCCCAUCUCCCCAUCUUUCAUCUUUCCAUCAUGUCUAAUCCCCUCCGUCGGCUCUUGGGAAAACGUUAUGGCAAUGCCAACGACACGUCUCAACGUCGGCCCCGACAAGGUUUGUUUGCAAAUGUCACCAGUGAUGUCCAAGCAGCCUUCCUCGAAUUCAUCGGUACGACAUUCUUCCUCACCCUCGCCUUCGGCGGUGUUCAAGCUGUCGUGGCCGAGAGCCAGAUAAGCCAAUCGUUUUCCGUUAUCGAAAGGGUCAUGUACAUCUCCCUAUCCUUCGGGUUCAGCCUGCUCGUUUCUGCUUGGUUAUUCUUCCGUGUCACUGGUGGUCUUUUCAACCCCAACAUCAGCCUGGCGAUGCUUCUGACAGGCAUCAUCGGCCCAGUCCGCUUCGUACUCUUUUGCAUAGCUCAACUCGUUGGUGGGAUUACCGCAGCGGCGUUGAUAUUGGCGCUUACCCCUGGGCCUCUCCAAUCUAAUACAUUCUUGCAACCGGGUAUCAACCCCGCCCAGGGUGUCUUCAUCGAGGCAUUCAUCACCGCCGCACUGGUCAUGGCUGUUCUCAUGCUUGCGGCUGAGAAGCACGUUGCCACACCAUUUGCACCUGUCGGUAUUGGCUUGACAUUGUUCGCAUGUCAUCUGUUUGCAGUGUUCUAUACAGGUGCAGGUAUGAAUACGGCGCGGUCUUUCGGUCCAGCCGUAGUCACCGGAUUUCCCUAUGGUACUCAAUGGAUCUACUGGGUCGGACCUACAAUCGGAGCGGUUUUUGCUGCGGGGUUCUAUAGUGUACUCAAACAUUUCCGAUACUGGCAAUUGAACCCUGGCCAGGAUACCAUCGAUACGGAUGCAUCGCCGUCUGAUCCCAUCGCGUUAGUCACCGCUAGUUCAUGGUCAAGAGCCAGUGUUGAUCAUCGUUCUUCUUACAGGGAGAAGCAGAAUGCUAAUGGCAAUAAUAGUCUGAGUAACGGGAAUGGAGAAACUGGUGCGGGCAAUACGAAUGUGGAUGCGGGGAGGGGGAGUAAAACAAAUGAUAGUUCUGUGUGAGCCGUGAUGGCGAGAAGGUGGGGAAUUGCAGGUGGAAGGAGGCGGUGGAUGCACGAGCGCUUGUAUCAGCUUAAGUAUGGCGGACACUAGUGAUUCGUGGUUUUCACUAUGCACCCGUCUGCUGUAGUGUGCUCAUAUUGUAGACCAUGCCUGCUGUAUGUAAUGCCUUAAGGUUGGAUCUAAUAGCCAAGAUUCGCAACGUAGUAUGCAGUACGCACUUCCGAGGACCGACUUUGAUGACAGAAACAUAAGAGAUACCAAAGCGACGCAUAAAACACACCCAGUUGC